CACUAAAGGUGAAAAAAUGGACCUCCCCCAACUAACCGAGAAUGAAGUCUUCAUGGCCUUUGCCUCCUAUACAACAAUCAUUCUUUCAAAAAUGAUGCUUAUGAGUACUGCAACUGCAUUCUAUAGACUGACAAGAAAGGUUUUUGCCAACCCAGAAGACUGUGCACAGUUUGGCAAAGGAGAAAAUGCCAAGAAGUAUCUCCGGACAGAUGAUAGAGUGGAACGUGUGCGAAGAGCACACCUGAAUGACCUUGAAAAUAUUGUGCCAUUUCUUGGCAUUGGCCUUCUGUAUUCCUUGAGUGAUCCAGAUCUCUCUACAGCCCUGCUGCACUUCAGACUCUUCGUUGGAGCACGGAUCUACCACACAAUUGCAUAUUUGACACCCCUUCCCCAGCCAAACAGAGCUUUGGCUUUUUUUGUUGGAUAUGGAGUUACAUUUUCAAUGGCUUAUCACUUGCUGAAAACUAGAUUGUACCUGUAAGGAGAAUCAGACAACUC